CGCCACAUAACGGGGUUUCAGGAAGUAGAUCGUCAUGACGUAUCUUACUCCGCCUAUUAAAACAUCUUUUUGAGGUUAGCUUUGGUUUUAGGCGAAGAUUUUUUAGCCGUGCUAUCGCUAGUCGUGAUAGUAUUCAAUCAGCGGAACAGUUAGAACGGCAAUGGCUCGUGGUCAGCAAAAGAUUCAGUCCCAGCAGAAAAACGCCAAGAAAGCGGCAGACAAGAAGAAAGGUCAAGCAGCAGACCAGAAGACCGCGGGCAAAGCAGCGUUAGUCCACAGCUGUCCUGUGUGCAGGACACAGAUGCCAGAUCCUAAAACAUUUAAGCAACACUUUGAGAAUAAACACCCUAAAUCUCCAAUGCCAGCUGAGCUAGUGGACGUGCAAGUGGACGCUUAGGAAACAAGUUAAUCAAUAAGACCCGUUAGAAGGAACUGAAUCAAGUCAGACAUGCCGGUGAAGAGCGGAAUGGACCUUUGGAAUAUGUUCUCCUCAGUGCUAGGGGAAAGACUGGACACUUGGGGGAGAGGUUCACCAGAGCCUCCGAAAGGGCUUAAGCACACCAGCACUCAUUUGUACGAAUUGAUUUAUAUGCAGUCCUAUUCAUGGUGAUGAAUUUGGGCUCAGUCUGUUACUCUUCACCAGAUUGAAAGAUUUCCACAUGUUCAUCCCAUCAAAAUUAGCCCACUCACUUGCAUUUCAUUCCUUAAAUCUUCUGUAUCUCACACAGUGGACAUGCAAACUCCUUAUAUUGACAAUUAGUCCCAGGACCGUAUUUUCGAUGGCUUGAAAGGUUGCCCUAAUAGUUCUAGACAAGAUUCUCCCUGUGAUCCAAGUUAGCCUAAUUUUCCAUUUUGACCCCUUGAGUUCAUUGUUGAGGCUGACUUCUGAGACAUCCUUUAGAAUCAGGAGUUGGGAAGCUUCCUCUAUGUUUUAAAAACUACGUGAUAUGUGUAAAACGUGAUUUUAUUUUGUAAUGUGUGUACUGUAACAGCAUUGUAGUUUGUUUAUUGAUUUCAGAUCUGUCACCUGGUUGCUAAUAAAAGAGAUUCUGGGUUAUUUUAGACGAAAGAACUGCACACUCUAUAUUUGUGAGCGUCAAUCUCCGGGAAAUGGAAAGUCCUAAAAACUAAAUUUACCAAAUGGUGGGAAUUCACUCAUUGGGAUUUAAUGGUUUGACAUUGUCUUAAAAGUGAAAAAGAAAUGCCUCCACAUAGUAAAUAGUUUCAGCAUUGUCAGAAUGAUAGGAAAAAAUGUCAGUAAUGAGAGCUCUGAAAUAUCUAAAAUAGAUUAUCCAUGUCAAGCUAAAAAAAAUGGGCAGGUUCACCUAUUCCUCUGUGUUGGAAAUGUACAUAAAAUAUGUUCACGUUUGUUUUUUCAUGGCUGCAAACCUGAACCAAAAUGCUUUGAAAUGAAUAAACACCUUGUUGGUUCUGUGGCUAUCAAA